GAUACAGAUGAAUUAAUAGAAGUAUUCAAUGGAAUACAGUAUCCUGGAGCGACUACUCUGAAACUGAGAGAAUAAGAGGAAAAGAGUAAGAUAGGAGCAAUCUGAUAGAACACAGAUGUUCUUUGUACUCGUAUAGUUUUUUUUAGGCAACAUUUUUAUACUCAGUUGACUUAUACGGUUCUCAUCGUCAACAUUGCAACAUGUAUUCAAUUAGUUUAAUAUUUAUGUCUGUGUUUAUAAUUACUGCGGCAGUUAGUUAUUCAAGUGAUUAUAAUAAAAAUACUGAUGAUAAUUCAGAUCAGUGUCCUAGAGCUGAAUUUAUUGCCGGACAGCUUGGUGUUGUUAAUGUACUCGCGUUUUUAGACGCGACUCAGCCAUCAAGUUAUCGCCAAGCAGUUAUGCUAAAAAUAUUAAAAGAUCGUCUUCACCGUUCGGGUUUACCAGAAGCACUUUUUUUUGUGAUAAUCAAGAAUUCAACUGAUGAAUCCUGGGAAAGAAUAAUAGAAUCUGAUAACAGGUCAAUAGAUUCUUUGAAAAGUAUAAUAGCUCCGGAUAUUUUUAUAAUUGAAGACAGCGAGGAAUUGGAAAUUUGGCAGGAUUUUAAUGGCUCGAAAGACCAAGUUAUUGUAAUUGAUCGUUGUGGUUAUCUAGCCUAUCAAAUUGUAGUUCCGUGGAGUAUCCUUCAUUUUCCUUAUGUCAAAGCCGCCAUUUUGUCAACGCAUAAAGAUGAUCCUUGUGGUCCUUGUGAUACUUAUGCAACAGUUAUUGAAUUAGAAGAAGUUGAAGCCUCAACAAAGGAUUUAGAUUCAACUAUUUCAGAAAUUACUGAAUCUAUUGUAGACUUUACUAUUCCUGAAGGAAUUCCUGUUGAUGAAACGGAAAAUUUUGAUGUUACUGAAGAUAAAUCAACUAUAAAUAAUGAUUUAGAAAGGGUAGAUGAAUCAGAAAAUUUUCUUUCAGAUGAUAAAAAACUAAAAACUGAUUUACGAAUAAUUAUGCAUGCACCUCAUUAUCAUAUGAAUGGAGAUGCGACUAAAAAACAUGAAUAUUUAGUACAGGAAUAUUCUAAACCAAAUUAUCAUGGACAUCUAGAUGUCCCAGAGUCAAAUAAAGAUGACCGAAGUACUAAAUUAGGAGAUGAUUUAAUUCUGUCUAAUAGUAUUGUUUUUGAACGUGAUGAAGGCCCGGGAUUUUUUGGUGAAAUUGCUGAUUAUUGGCAUGGUGUUGAAAUUAAUGAUCCUCAGACAGUGGACGUGAAUGCAGAUGAAUAUGAUGAAAGUAGUGAGAAGUUGAAAAUUGUCCAGGAUAUCACAACAGAAAUUAGUGCGGAAAUUACAGAAAAUAAGGAAAGAGAAAUUAUUGACGAAGAAGAAACAAGGAGCAAAUUAAUUGCACACUACAGUAGAUUAUUACCGUGGAUUUAUUACGUACUUGAGAAAUUUCGAACUAAAGGGUUUUUGUGAGAAGAAAUUGUCCAGUAUAUUUUUUAUGACAAAAUAUAUAUGAAAUUGGGGUGCAUAAUAAAUUGAAAAUUAUUAUCUUACAGACAUCGCGUGAUGCGAUAGGUUUCAAUAUUGAGAGAAAAAUAUUUAUAUUUCUCUUUUAAUAAUUUUAUUUUCGUGGAAAUAUGAACCAGUCGAUACAUAUUUAAUAUGCACAUUCUCUGCUUCUAGAAAUAAAUUUUUUUUUAGCGGGCUAAAGACGCGUCGUAGGUGAAUGAACGGAAUGAGUUUAAUAAAUAAUUAUCCUUAUAGAUUUUUCUCAUAUAUUUUAUUAUAAAUUUAAUAAGAUUAAACAAAAAAUUUCCAAACUAAAAUUUUGAAUUGACAAAUUUGAAACUUCAAGAAAAAUGUUUUUUCAUUAAAUAAUAAAUAUUAUUAAUUAAUAAUUGCUUGCAAAAAAAUAAAGCCGUGGGACUUGUCUUAAAUUAAAGUUUAUUUUUUAACAAAUCACAGCCUAACUUUUUUUAAAAAUAUUUUUACUCAAAUGCACCACUUGUAUUUUGGACAUGAAAUAAUGGAUAUUUUAAAUUAAAUAUAAUUUUUAUGAAUAAAAAAUUACAAAGUUCUAUUCAGGGAUUGAACACGGGUCCUGUAAGUUAUUAGGUCAAGACUGCUGCCACAACUCUAAUGUAUGUAUUUUUACUUAUCACUUAAAUUAGAAAUAACAUUUCUUACUUUACUUAU